GCCACUGCCACGCUUUCACAUGAAGAGAACAAGCUCUCGCUCUCUCUCACUCUCUUCUUCGCAAUCGCUCAGCCAGCCCCGAACAAGGACAGCUCUCUAUCACACGAACCUUCUGCGACAGCUCAAAUGUCGGGGCCGAGGCUCGCGAGACAACCUUCACACCCUUACGGUUUACCCCAGACCCUGCCAAUCUACCUCGAAAAGGGAACGCGCGUGAGAUCAUGACCGCAUACACCCUUCUCUGCAGACUGCAACCUCCCACACCCAGAACUACGCUCCUGUCAGCAUUUUAAUCCUCCUCUUAACUCCCCGAAUCUGGGCAUGCCAGCAUACCACCUGGACCUGCGCGAAACAAACGGCCAAUGGCAACAACCAGCCCGACACUCACAUCCCCAAUCUGGCCGCCUAGCCCGGUCCGGGUUGCGUCCAUCUAGAGAUAGUACGGGGAACGUAGCAAUCCGAACAACCGUUCAAGAAAUUAAUACCAGAACAUCGACCUCGACGAUGCUCGCCCCCGUCCCAUGCGCACCCUGAGUGUCACUUCCCAAUCAGGCAGCCAAGAAAGGACAAACCCAGGGGUGAACAGACACCGCAGGUUCCGAGGUUCGAGACAGCGCUGAAGAAGACACAGAAGAAAAAAAA